UACAAUUACCAUACGUUGAGAAUUAAAGUAGGCCUAUGUCCUAAAUUAAAUUCAUAUUUUAUAAAUGUAUUUCCAGCAAACUGAUAUGCUGAUGGUAUUGUUAUUUCCAGAGAGAUGUAGCUUAAUUGUGUGGGGCUUAGCCUGUGCUUGUUUUUUUUCGGAUGGCGCAGCUUUAAAUAUUUUACUUUCACCUUUAAUUUUCACAGCACCAUUUUGAGCAUCAACUGUUGAGAACGCGUUCUUCUUCUGAAAUGGCCAGUUCGACUGAUCCCAUGUCUGAGCUGAGGAUUGUGCUGCUGGGGAGGUCUGGAGAAGAGAAGAGUAAAGUGGGAAAUGCCAUCCUGAGGGAAGAGGUGCUUUCAGUAAAAGAUCAGUGUGAGAGAGCACAAGGUCUGGUGAAUGGGAGGCCUGUGGCUCUGAUCAACACUCCAGAUUUACUGGACCCUCAGCUCCCUGUCAGGAAAUUAUUCGAUCAGAUAGAGAGAUGUGUGACCCUGUCUGCCCCAGGUCCUCAUGCACUUCUGCUAGUGCUGCAGAAAGGGGGGUUUAAAGAAAGUGAUAGAAAUAGUCUUGAGAGAGUCCUGGGCUUUUUCAGUGCUGAGGCCUUUAGGUACUCAGUAGUACUGACCACUCAGGGGAGUAAAAGAGCUUUUAUGGAUUCUAUUUAUAAAGUUAUCCAAAUGUGCAGUGGAAGGUGUCUGAAAUUGAACACAGACAGGAUUGACUUCACCCAGGCUGCUGAACUAAUGAAGAAAAUAGAGCAGAUGGUGGAGGAGAAUAGAGGAGGUUUCAUCAGAUGUAAGAUAUUCCAGGAGCCAAAAUCUGCACUUGGAGGGAUGGAGGGCUCACUGAUGAGGACUCAACAGAAGAUGGAGAAGAAGCAGAAGCCACAGCUGACAAGAAAACCACAGAAAAUGGAAGAUCAGAGCUCUGACUGUGUGAGGAUUGUGCUCGUGGGGAAGACAGGAAGUGGGAAAAGUGCCACAGGAAACACCAUACUGCAGAAGGAGGAGUUCCUGUCUCGGUCCAGUAUGACAUCAGUGACUGCCUGCUGUGAGAAAAGAGUAGGGAAAGUUGCUGGCAGGCGUGUUGCUGUAGUUGACACACCGGGUCUCUUUGACACAGAAGUAUCUAAUGAGGUGGUCCAGCAGGAAAUAGCCAAAUGCAUCUCCUAUUCGGCCCCAGGACCUCAUGUGUUUCUCAUAGUGCUAGCAAUUGGGAGAAUCACACAGGAAGAGAAGGAGACAGUGCAGAUCAUUAAGAGUACCUUUGGUAAUGCGGUUGAAAGGUUUACCAUAGUUGUGUUCACAAGAGGGGAUGAUCUUAAAAAUGAAUCCAUUGAAAGUUACAUUCAAAGAGGUGACGCUACAAUCCAAAAUCUGAUUCAAGACUGUGGAAAUAGGUUUCAUGUCUUCAAUAAUAAUGCCGUGACCAACAUCACCCAAGUCUCUGAGCUGCUGGAUAAGAUAGACAUGAUGGUGCAGAAGAACGGAGGAGGCUGCUACACCAAUGAGAUGUUCCAGGAGGCAGAAUUUGCCAUAAAGAAACAAUGUGAGAGAAUACUGAGAGAGAAAGAGCAGCUGCAGGAAAAACAUGAAGAGGAGAUGAAAGAGAUGACAAGAAAGAUGCAAGAGCAGCAACAAAAAGUAGAGAAACAUGAAACAUGCGAGAGAAAAAUGCUGGCCAGGCUGCAGGAGGAAUUGAAGAGGGAGCAAGAAGAAGAGAUCCAGAAGAGAAAGAAGGAAGAUCAGGCCAGGAGGGAAAGAGCAGAAAAAGAAAAACAAGAAAUGACAGAAAACUAUGAAAGACAAAUGAAUGAAUUGACCAUGAAAUAUGAUGAUGCUCGAAAAAAAGCAGAGGAAUUUAAUGAGUUUAAAAAGAAAUAUGUGGAAGAGUGUAAACUGAAACCUGAGAAACACUGUGCUCUCUUGUGAUAGAUGCUGGAACAUACCAUUACUCAAGUGUAGAUAAAGUUCUUGAGCCUUUUAAACAAAUGAUCUUUCCCCCGUUUCUGCCCAAUUUGGAUCUCUUGGAGAAAACUGCUGAUCAUAGUGGUUAAGUGGUUAAGGUGCUUGACUGGGACCUGAGAGGUUGGUGGUUCAAGCCCCAGCGUAGCCAUUCAAUCAGGGUAGCUGUUGGGAUCUUGCAGCCCUUAACCCACAUUGCUCCAGGGGGGUUGGCCCCUGCUUAGUCUCAUCAAUUGUAAGCUGUUUUGGAUAAAAUAAUAAUAAUUUAAAAAUCAUAUUAGCCCUGAGCCCCCAAAUAGAAUACAACUCUCUUAUGGGGCGAAAAACUCUUUGACCCUGGCAAGAAAAAACUUGCCGAGGAAUCUUGGGAGGAACCUGACUAUAGGGGUAUGCCCAUUCUCCGCUGGCUGUUUGGAACUUCAUUAAAGGAGCGAUGUCAUGUUUUUUUCAGUUGAGCUUAUUUGGGUUAAAUGCUAAAAUUUUGUGUCGGCAUUUUUAAAAUCAUUACAUUACAUUAUUGGCAUUUGGCAGACACUCUUAUCCAGAGCGACGUACAGUUCAUUAGACUAAGCAGGAGACAAUCCUCCCCUGGAGCAAUACAGGGUUAAGGGCCUUGCUCAAGGGUCCGACGGCUGUGCAGAUCUUAUUGUGGCUAAACCGGGAUUAGAACCAUCAACCUUGCGUGUCCCAGUCAUUUACCUUCACCACUACGCUACAGGCCGCCCCUAAUCACUGUCAGCAGUUUCCUAAAUAUGGGGCAAAACUUCUGAAAACAAACAUGUCCAGUUUGGCUUGAAUCUCCAGCCUGUGUUUCCCAGAAGGUAACGGGCACUCAAACUCCACCCUUGAAUGCAGAGACUGGUUUAUGGA